AUGUCUGCCGUCCGCCGGGUGAAAGGUGGCAGCAGCGUGCACAGUGUUUAUAAGCCCGUUCCUCCGCCCAAACCCUUCAGCGGCGCACCACCAGCAGCAGCAGCAGGUAACAGCAGUAACAGUGGUAAUUCAGGCGAAGACCAACUACAGCAACAAGCAAUACCCUCUCUCAAAGAUCAGCUGGCUGCCAUAACAGGCGCCACGAUACAGAGUGGUCCUCCUCCGCCCCUGCUGCCACACAUCCUUGUCACUGACCAGGGACACUUUCACACCCAUUCUACCAAGUUCCCUAUUGAAAUCAAGGAAGGAGGGAUUAACUUACCCUCAACUUCGUCAUCAAUCCUCACUCCUUCGUCGGCCAGUCACGGUACCUCGGUGUUGGCCUCGUCAGUGGGACCACCAGCGUUCUCAGGUUCGGCCACGCUGGGUCGGGGGUCGAGAGGUGUUAGUGGAUGGGCGGGUAUGGGUGUGGCUAAGGGGAGUACAUUACCACGGUCACGCCCUCCACCCCACACCACCCACACCCACCAAACCCACACCCACCACGCGACUGGUGUGAACGGCGGCGAGGAGAAGGAUCAGUUACUGUCAGGAGAACGUCACCAGCGUUAUAUUGAUGGAAUAGACAACCCCGCGCUGCUAGACGAUACUCAUAUGCCGAGCUACCGUGCACCUGGGGGCGGGGUCCACGCCUCUCACCCCAGCAUCCCACCAGAGGGGACGUUGGCCGGGGUGCUGCCUUCCUCUCACCCCUCACAGCCACGACCCUACGAGUCUCCCUUCCUCUCACGUCACUCCUACCGUCCCUCCACACUCCAGCAGCACCAAAACACAUCCCAGCAGCUCCCAGUUACAUCCCAGCAUCACCAGGUUACAUCCCAGCAUCACCCAUCCUCAGCCCAGCAAGCGACCUUUUCCAGGGAAACAUGGAUGAGAGGAUCACAGGGCCAGUUUGCGGGCAUUGUGGAGAUCCAUCCGCCACAAGGUCAUAUCCACAUGAAUGGUCACGUCUCACAGCACCACUCAGCCACACCUGCAGGUCACAUCCCUAAUGGCAGCGCUCACAACCACGUUAACAACCAUAUGGAAGGUCCACACUCCCACACCAAUGGUCACCACUCCCACCCUAACAGCCAUCAGGAUCCUGUUAACAGUUUCAACAGUCAGAGCAACAACAGGACAGCAGGCACCAUAGAUGAGAAUCAUGUCAACGAUGCCCAGGAGCAACGGGACGACCCACGCAAGGAUGAGAAGUGGGGCUCUCUAACCCGGGGCCUGGCGGCUCGUAAGUACCAACACUUGAAGGAAAAACUAUCGAGUAAAUUCUCUCGUGGGGACAAACCCGAGGACCGCACCAUCACCCCUCAGGCUGAUGGCAAGAACACGGCGUCUCAGGGAACAAACACAUCAUCUGGCAACACCAACAACAGUAGUGGCAACUCCCAACAAGAAACAAAUGGUAUCCAACCUGGGCCAUCAAGGGACAGUGGACGUGUUAACAAACUUAACACUAGUUUUCGAAAAGCAAUUCAUCAGAGUUCCCAGAAGACCAACCUACAGGAAAACAUUAUGGAGACGAGCUUAAGUGCGAGCCAAGAGCUGGGAGGGUCAAGUCAACAGGUUAAUGGCCUACCCCCUCACUACCCUCGCAGCUCCAGUCAGUACCAUACACAGCAGCAGACUCACACAGCUGCUGCGUUAUCACCCCCAACUCACCGGGCACCAGCACCACUGCCCAUGUCUUCCCCACAGUUGGGUCGCCGGCACCAGCAUGACCCAAUGGGGCAUGGGCUGGCCAACAGACGGUCAGGUUCAUAUCAUCACUUAGCUCAACUUCGGCAGGAACCUCCCUCAUGGCGCCCUCACCACUAUUCUGUUGACAACUUAGUUGAUGCCCACGCUCUGCCCUCUGACCAUACUUACUCCGGUCCAGCGGUAAGCAGUGGGCGUGGACAGCCAGCAGGUGGGGAAGGUGUUGGCUCAGGUGGUUCAGACUCAGGGCGGGGUACAGCUGGUAGCGGAGGUGAGGGACGGGUACCAAACACUCUCGACACCAGCCUAGAUUCUUCUGCAUCUCAGCGGCAAAACAAUCAAGGCCAUUCCUCAGGUAAUGACUCAGAAUGGGUGGACAUGACAGAUGCUGAGCUACAGAGGAUCAUGAAGAAGGGUUCUGAGGGCAAGAGUAGCGGCGGCUGUUUAGUGAGAAGAGAGUCACUAGCUGCCACGCCCCCCUUACCACCACUCUCACCUGAGGCUACACCCCAACCCUCACCCCAACCCUCACCACCAAGGCAUCGCAAAUACAGUCUUUCCUACAGUAAUGGCCUCAAUAAACCUGACCUUCUGGAGGCGGCAGGACGGGACGGGGGCAAGAGAGGAGGCCAUGAGGGACGGACAGGCAACCAUUCUCAAGAGAGCUCUCAGUCUACACCGAGGAGAGGAGGAACCUCUCACACUCAACAUGUUCAUGGCAGCAACAAAGUCACGUCCGCAGGUGGCAGCAGCAGUCAUAGGUCACUGGGAGCUCUGGCCAGCGGCUGGUCACACAGGAAGGAGGAUGAAAGGCAGAGGAACAAUGCAUUUGACCCUCUCAACAAGAACAAAAACAGAGUCAACAUAGGUCUUAGUGGAGGUGACCUGGAUACCGGGGACAUAACCUCAACCACUGAUGCUUUAGACUUGGAUUCCAUGUUGGAUGGUGUGACAGAGGCAACCACGGAUGAUGACGCCACCUCUGCCUAUGACCCCGACGUCCACCUCAUCAGGAAACAGCUGGAGGGUCUUGAGGGGAUGUACUCUGAGGUCCUCAAACUACUUGGAGGAGGACGACGGGGAGGAGGUAGGCACAUCCUAGGUCAUGGAGGUGGUAUGGGUGACUUGAAGACCUCCCGACGUAGGCUACACGGGUCACUGUCAUCCCUGCCAUCAUCCAUCGUGUCAUCUCGGCCUGGCAGGGACAAACGUCACAGGGUUAUUGACGACAGAGUGAGGAAGACUGCCAGGGAUGGUGGUGGCAAGUCCAUCCACAAGAGGUUUCAGCGGCUGGAGAGUCACGUGGUCACGCUGGCUCGUAGUGUAGCUCACCUUAGCUCGGAGAUGAGGACGCAGCAUCUAAUGUUUCAGGAAAUUGAAAGUAUUCGUGGCGAGUUGGCAACACUGAAAGCUGGAGGUAGUGGAGGUGGAGGUAACAGUAACAGAAGUGGAGGUCACAUCUCCUGGGAGUCUUUCAGGGCUGGUAUUCCUGGUCUCUCCAACCCUGGCAGAGUGAAAAAACUGACUCAGUUCUUUGGUGACGAACCUCCACUGGUGAGAAUCUUCCUCAGAAAGCUGGGUUAUGAGAAAUAUGCUGGUUUGUUUGAGCAAGAGAAGAUCGGGAUGCUGGAGCUGCCAUACCUAACAGAGGAACGCCUGCAGAAGAUUGGCAUCCCCAUGGGGCCAAGACUCCGUAUCCUGCAGGAGGCCCAGGGACCUAUCAGAAAGGAAGGAAACCUCAGUGUUUAUGUCGUCUGAUGACACAAACUCUGUCGUUAUAUCUGUGCCAGUUUAUAAUUUUGUAGUGUAGGAGAUAAGUUUUUCAUGUGACCAACACAAGCCGAGGCUGACCGAAAGACUGAAGCCUAAAUAAAAACCUGUGUCUGUUUAUCAGUGAGUUAGAGAGGUCCUCUCACUCAUACUGUACAAGACAUCGUCACGUGGAAGUAAUACAUAGAAUACUCUCAUAUUCAUUCGAGAAAGAUUCAGUCAGCUCACCUACAGUUAAGAAUAUUCAUGAAGUAUGUUCUCAUAGCAUGAGUUCAUGAAAUUAUUAUAAUUUUCAUGACAAGAACUCAUGUUUGCUAGACUUGCCAAAGCUCAUCUGUGUUCUGCACUACAUUGGUGUAAAAUACAGGGUAAGUAUAUUUAAGUGUGAUUUCGCUCUAGUAUUUAAGGUAACUUAACAAAAGCUACUUACCUACCUACUGUUUAUGGAGUGAUAAUUUGCCAGCAUAAUGUACAGUGAAACCGCCAUAUAACGGACUCCUCUCUCCAUAUAGUACGUUAAAUAAAGUUUUCACUGUACUGUACAUAAUACAAUGGCUUAGGGAACUGUGGAGAUUAAUCUUUUUAUUUACCGGGUUAAAGUGUCUUUCAUGUGAGAAGUCUUAUUACCCAAACAGAACUAUGAGUCUGCACAGUACAUUAUCAUGUCUCCCACACCGUGAUAUCUCCCAUGACCUGUGUGAAGUGUUACGGUGGCCUUUGUAAUGUUUUUUCCACGUUUUGUUUCACCUCCCAUUCUGUUGGUCAGAGUGUGGAGAGUGACUUCCUGCUCUGGUUCUUGUCAUACUUCAUGCAAAAUGGUGUCCACUACCCCAAUCCCUCCCUCCUCUUCCUUCACUAGACUGCACUCGCUGCCAGACCAAAGUUUUUACAAGAUUACUAUUUAGUGCCUUGUUAAAUCUUGCCAUUUGUUUAGAUACAUUUUUUGUAUAUUGUUAGUUGGUGUUAACUGUAAUGCAAAAAUCUUUAAUCAUACUGCUAGUUCUGAUUGAUUGUACAAUAGUAUGUAAUGUUCUCUUCUGAACUUGUUUUCUUUAGGAUUUUGCAUUAGCAGUCACACUAACGAAGAAAAUAUUACUUUGUUGGCAUAAAGAAUUUCAUCCAAAAUCGUUUCAAAAUAUUUUGUAAUUGUUAAAUGUUUGUCUUGAUGUAUUAGUGAUGCAAAAAAAAAUUACUCUCAUAAGGAUGAUUAAGUUUCAAGUAUUAUGAGUGAAUGUUUUUAUACCUAUUUAGAAUGGUAGUAAGACAGUCCUUCAAGGUGUAUUAGAUACAUUCAUCAGUAUUUGUAAAGUGUAUAAAUUGUAUAUAGUUUGUAGUUGAUAAGGUUUUCUGCUGAAGUGUAUAUGAUGGAGCAAAGACUCGACUUGCUGUUUGUAAAAAAAAAUAUUGUAUGCUUGAAAUAAAAUAAGACAUAG